AUGAGGACGCUCGAUGAAGCCCAGAAACGAUGGACCGAGACAUUAAAACAUGCUGGGAAUCUGUCAGACUUGCAAAAUGCAGUCAGAUAUAACGGGCCUUCCAGUCCGUGCAUUUCGGGACUCCGAUCAAUUUGUUGGAAGGCAUUCUUGCUGAUGCCAGACAUUCCAUCAUCGGACUGGGUGCCUCAGCUUGCCGAAUCGCGAAGUUUCUAUUUAGAAAGACGAGAUCACUUCUUGAAGUUCAUCAAGCACCCCGAGGAGCUGGCCCAAGUCGCCAUUGAUCCGUUGACGGACGAUCCAAAGUCACCGUGGAAUACUGUUCGACAGGACGAGAUAAUUAGGGCCGAGAUUGCACAAGACGUUCGCCGAUUGCCAGAUGAGCCAUUCUAUCAAGAGGAGCAGACGCAGACAAUGAUUAUUGAUGCAUUGUUCGUGUAUUGUAAGCUCCAUCCCAAUAGUGGUGGGUAUCGUCAGGGUAUGCAUGAACUUCUUGCGCCCAUCCUCUUUGUUGUUAACAAGGACGCACUUGAUGCCGCGGCUAUCUCGCCCAUUGGCACCAAUGUCGAUACGAAAAUGCUAGCCAUGCUAGACUCUCUGUACGUUGAGCAUGACGCCUUUGCCUUAUUCUCUAAGAUCAUGGAAAGGGCAAGGGCGUUCUAUGAAGUCCAAGACUCGAUCUCAAGGGCAGCGAUGUCGUCUGCUUCCAAAGACCGGGUGGAAACAUCGGCCAUUGUCGAGAAGAGCAAGCACAUACAUGAGGUUUGUUUGGCCAAGGUCGAUCCUGAGCUGGCGAACCAUCUCAAAGACAUUGAAAUUCUGCCACAAAUCUUCCUAAUCCGUUGGAUUCGUCUCCUCUUUGGACGGGAGUUUCCCUUUGAUGAAACGCUCGUGCUGUGGGAUACCCUCUUCGCGGUCGAUCCGUCUCUCAGUCUGAUCGAUCUAAUUUGCGUCGCUAUGCUUCUUCGCAUCCGCUGGAGUUUGCUCGAGGCGGACUACUCCGUUUGUUUGCAACUGCUUCUCAAGUACCCGGCACCGGAAGCUCCACACGGGCCGUAUACAUUUGUGGAUGAUGCGAUGUAUCUGAAGACACACCUCAAUGUCUCAGGCGGCGUUUCGCUCCUCUUGAAAUACACCGGGAAAAUGCCCAGUACAACACAAUCUGCUAGCAAUUCGAGGCCCACGACACCAAUGGGCCAAGCUUUCUCAUCCUUCAGAAAUCGGACCAAGGGUGGCCAGUCACCAAUUCCGUCUGCGAGUAGGUUUAUUCAACAGCAAGGUGGCGUGGAAGCACUUUUUCAAGGCGCAGCCAAAAGCGUUUUGGAGCGAGGCGAGAAACUUGGCAUCAACCAAGCAGUACGAGACGCCAUGGGCGAUAUCAAGAGAAACAUGCAAGGGCUGAACGAAGUACGCUAUCCUCCUCGGAUGGCAAGGCAACUGCUUGGCGAUGACUCGGCAGCCCAGGCCAUCGCUGCCAUUGAGCAACGGAAUAAACUGCUGGCCAACAUGUUAGACGAGACAGUGACAAGUCUCAGGUCGUUGGCUACUACUAAUCUAGAAGACAAGGUCAAGACGUUGGAGCUUGUCGAGGUAGCGGCUGCUAAGGUGCAAUUUGUAAAGGUUUACUUGGAAGACCCGACGAUUGAAGUACCAAAUCUGGAGGGCUUUACCAGCCCACCGCCGGAGGAGGCGAAUACCGAGACCCUGAUGGAAAUAGACGCGAACGACAGUGCUGUGCUAGGGGCGGCGGUUGCUGCAGAGAGUGUGGCAGGCGUCAUUUCGACAUUGUCUCUGGAUGAGCAUGAAAAGACAAAACCCCCGACCUCGAAAACAGCCAUUCCCGACGUCAUGGACAUUACACAAGAGGCACCCGCCGAUAAACCAGCAGAACAUCCGUCAGCUCUGGUUUCAAGCCCAAAAGCUGACGCACCUCGCGUGAAGCCAUUGGAACGACCUCAACCGCCUAUCCCAACACGAUCAACCCUCGCCCAGUCUUCCUUCUCUUGGAUGCUAGAACCAGACCAGUCUGCCCAGUCCGCCUCACCACCCAAGUUGCCCAAGUCGAGCUCAGGAGGCGCACACCGCAAGAAGCCGUCUGGGAAUAUCAGCAGGGAGCGCAACGCCUUUCUGUUCGGUGAGGUCGUCGCUGACUCCGAGGAUCAGACUAUGCCAAUCAAGUCUGACGACAUAUUCGGACUACAGCCCAUGGACAAGCCCAAGUCUCCCUUCCCGUGA